AUUACAUUCUUCAUGCUUCUGUCAGCCGUGUGUGUGAUGCUCAACCUGGCGGGCUCCAUCCUCUCCUGCCAGAACGCUCAGCUGGUCAACUCUCUGGAAGACUGUCAACUGUGUGGAUGUGUGUUCCCCCCUCCUCCCCACCAGCUCAAGUUUGACAGUGACGGAGUGUGUGUAUGUUGCGAGCUGCAGCAGCAAAGUUCGAGCUGCAACAACCUGGGAGAGACACUGAAACUGAAUCCACUGAGGGACUGCAAUACCAUACGCCUACGUCUCAAGGAGCUGCUGUUCAGCGUAUGUGCCCUUAACGUCAUCUCCACCAUUGUGUGUGCUCUAGCCACUGCCAUGUGCUGUAUGCAGAUGGUCUCAACUGAUGUACUGCAGAUGUUUAUGCCACACAGAGCACGAGCCCUAAAUGCUGACUGUAUGACCCCCCAUGGAACCAUCCUCCACCAAACACUGGACUUUGAUGAGUUCAUUCCUCCUAUUCCCCCUCCACCAUACUACCCCCCAGAGUACACCUGCACCCCCUCAAUGGACGGACAGAGAGGCCUACACCUGGACUUUCCCCAUUCUCCCUUCAGUGCCAUCUAUGGGGUGCCCAUUAACAGCCCAGGGACCCUGUACCCAACUGACCUGCCGCCUCCAUAUGAGUCCGUGGUGGGGCAGACCCCUGCCAGCCAGGUCACCACCAGCAUAGAGCAACAGGCAACUGAGUCCAGUUUGUGUGAGAGAAACACCACUGCAGGUCUAAGCACUCAGGCCUCGGUGGACAGUGCAUCACUGAUGGUGUCAGAGGUAGCUGAUCCGGACCAGACUUGCUCCUCAGAGGACUUGUGCUCCCUGGAGGUCCAGGGCUCUGACUCCUCUCCCUAUGGCACACUCCACACCGCCCCCACUGAUGAAAGCUGCACCAGCCUGGAACUUUGUACACGUGACUCCUCACGUUGCCAUCGUGGCCUGCCUAACACGGACGCCCGCCCCAGUGAUACUGGAUACAGUGAGUCCUCACACACCCAGGAGUCUCUGGAACGCUCUCCAGACUGGUCCUCAGAAAACUUUAGCAACCUGGACCAGGAGGAUUCCACAGACAACACACAUCCAUGUGAGGAACUCAGGGCUGCAAUGCACAUAUGUGACGAGCUUCCAUCAGCCAAACAUUUACCAGAGGAGCCACCGAAAGCGUCGACACACUCCCUCAUUAAAGCACGAAUGAUGAGCCGGAAGCUCACGCUCCCUGUCACUAUCCCCCCGCCACCCCAGCCUUGUUCCCCCACCUCUGUGGCCUCCUCUGGAGGAACCUCAGCCAUAAGCCCUUUGGCUGCUUCUCCUUCCCCUCCUAGCAGGCCACGUGGCACCAGGCUGUGUUUCAGUGUUUGGUCACCCUCUUCUACAUCACAACCCCCCUCUACCUCAGUCCAAAGUGGCCACUCGCCCUCGGAGAGGCCUCGGGUGCUCCGAGCAGCCAGGAGGUACCGCAAGCUGGCACGCAUUGUCCGCUCCACCAGUGACCCUAUCUCCUGCUCCUCUACAACAGGAAGAGAAAAUAGUGGCUGCACCUCUGCAAACAACCCUGCUGCUGAAGCUUCAGCUCAUACAUCCCCUGAGCAAGAGCAAAGAGACAUUUCAGCGGAGAUAGUUGGAGCUAAAUCCAUUCACGUAUGUGUCAGGAAGCAACAGAAAGAGGACAGGAAAAUUGACAUCCAACUUAAACCCCGAUCCCUGCACACACACUCCUCCCACGAACGCCCACACUCCCUGGCUGACCUUAAGAUGUACAAGGACACCAAAAUAUUGGUGGCCAAGUUCCUGGAGCAUUCAAGCUGCAGUCUACCUCCUGAAGUCCAGCAGGUUGUCAACAACAUCAAGUGUGUCAUCAAGUCGGAUGAGAAACACAUGGAGGAGGCCAUCUUUAGUGCCAAUGUCAUAGAUCAGGUGAUGACCCAGUGUAUCAUAGGCAGUCCCCGGAAGCGAGACCAUGAGGACCUUCACCUCCAGAGCUGUGGCGCUUUGAGCUCAUCCCCGUCCCCUUCCAUGCGCCGUCCCAGACACCUCCCACAAACAACCAGCACCUACACUAACCCACUGGACUCCCCCUCCUCCGAACAAAGCCUUGAGUGCAGAGAAACUAUUCUUUGA